CGCCGAGAACAACACAUUGCAAAUACCCGCCAUGAUGGCAGCUCGUAGUCACGGAGGCCAACAAGAUACCUCUCAUUGUUUAAGAGAUGGUUCCCAUCUACCCGGUGUGGGUGUCGGUGUUACACGCUCAACAGAAGGAGAUCGCGGUGUCCACAGCGCCAACACUGGUGCGGGUAUCAACGCCACCACCGCCAACACUAAUAGCAGUGGGGCACCCAGCCCUAUCGACUCCAUCAGUGAACGGGUAUACGCCCCUCUUCCCGCCAUGCUCCCCAAGACCCCCAAGCCACGACGACGACAACCAUUCUAUCGCGGCAAAGAUAAAGUAAAGCGCGCCAUCACGAAUCCCAAUCUCCGCGCUAUCCUCGCAGAUAAAUCGUAUCCCAAGGAACGGAGAAAGGCUGCUGGGGAGCGACCUGUGCUGAAGAUGGGGAUUAGUAAGGAGUAUAAGUGAGUUGAGUCAAAAUGCGACUCUCGUCUUUGCAAUAUACAUGGCAUCGCUGCGGGUUGCUUCGUAUGGAACAUAAAAACUUAGGGUGGUUGGGUUUUGUUAUACUGUGGUGUUGUGAGGAUUCAGAAUGGUGAGAGCGGAUGAUACCCUUUUUUUUUCCACCUUGACUAGGCUCCUUUAACGGGUACUUGUGGGUGGAUGAACUACUCUCGGU